CGAAGUUCGUUGCGGGGCCCCGCGUGAAAUCACGAUACAUUAUUGUGGAAUGUUAGAAGUUUUGCUGCUUGCAUUGAUGUUGGGUUAACUACAGCUGGUGAAUAAGCUUCAAUCGCACGAAACUCCGUAUCGCGCUUCUUAGUCGCAAUUAUGUUUUUAAAUAACGCUCUAUCCCGACUCGUUCAACUUCUGCUUGUUGUAUGGAAGAUUCGUCUGAGCCAGGCAGAUGGCGAGUACGCAGUCAUUCUGGCUGAAGGCGGUGCAGAGACGUACGAGUUUUGUGCCAUCUAUUAUCCGGAAUUUAGGAGAUUACCGUCUAUCCCUCACACAUUGGGAUUCGCGCCACUACUGAAUAUGACUACAGAAGAUCCGUGCAGAGAUUUCAAGCCGGCGAGCAUGAGAGGCACAUUUCUGAUGGUGCGGGACAACGGCAACUGUAGCUCGAACCAGAUCGUUCAGAACAUGAAAACAGUCGAACCCCUUGGGAUCAUAAUAUCAACUGAUCGAGCGAAAGUGGCAUCGGAGAAGUUCGACGAAAACACUGUGAGGGGCACCAGCAUGAUUGUGGCUUUCAUCCUCGAAUCGUCAGCUGAAGCUAUGACGGCUCUCGAAAACCCGGCACAUCCAGUUCUAGCAAAUAUGUUCACUCAACAGAUAUCUCCGUUCGAUGCUAGCAUGGCAGUCAUAUGGUGUUUUGCCGUUGUCACGGUGGCCAUUGGUGCCUUCUGGUCAGGGGUAGUCAAGUACAACAUCUACCAGAGCGAAGUGAAGAAGAGCAAUGAACCACAGGAACCAAUGUCUUCCAAAGAAGAACCAGUGGAUGCAGGACCGGAGUGGCUACAGAUACCUUUAGUUGAAGGAAGCUCCAUCGAGGUGCCUGUCUCGGUGGUGCUCCUUUUCGUCGUCUUGAUGAUAGUGAUACUUAUGGUUAUGUACUUCUUCUUUGCAUAUAUAGUAUACUUUGUCCUCGCUGCAUUCACCAUGAGCUCUGUGGUCUCUAUCAUCGGUGUCCUGGAACCCAUCAUGUAUAGCUUCGAGUGCGGCACUGCAAAGGCCCCCAAGUUCCUGUGUGCCUGUAUCGACAACGGUAUAGAAGUUAGGCAACUGGUCGUUGCUUGUGUGGCUGUUAUACUUCCUGUAGUCUGGGUACUCUACCGUCACUACUCAUACGCGUGGGUUCUUCAAAACUUUCUGGGCGCAAUCUUCUGCAUCAAUAUGUUGAAGUGGCUCCGCGUGCGCAACCUCAUGGUCAUCACUACCUUCCUUGUGCUUGUAUUCUUCUACGAUGUGUUCUUCGUCUUCAUCACGCCUUACCUGACAAAAGGCGGGGAAAGCGUCAUGGUCCAUGUAGCUACAGGAGGCGGUUCAGCAGAGACGCCUCCAGUUUCCAUACGAGUUCCUUACCUCAGCACAAGGGCUCUGUCCGUUUGCUUACAAGGGUACUCCUUCAUGGGCUACGGUGAUAUUCUUGCUCCAGGCAUCCUCGUUUCAUAUUGUCUUGGCUUCGACCUCAUCUUUGCUGGCGGAUAUCUUUACUACUUAACUGCCUUAACCUUUUACGGUAUCGGACUCGGAGCGACAUAUGUGGGCCUGUACUUCAUGGACGGAGCCCAGCCAGCACUUAUCUACUUGGUGCCCGCCACCCUGAUUCCUGUCAUAUGCCUGGCUUGGUAUAGGGGUCACCUGCGAGAAAUCUGGAAUGGAAUACCCGCCCCGCCUCCCGGAGAGAAUACCGAUACUCCGGCUUUCUCAUCCAGACAUAAUGUGCAUUCGGCAACUCCUCCCGCACCGCGGACAGCUCGUGCCGGGAGAAGACCAGAGUUCUCACCUUAUUCCAUUGUGGACAUGUCCCGCGUUCCUUAUCAGUAUGUGCCCACGCAUACCUGCCUACCAGAGUACAGCGUGGGGUCGCAUAGGACGUUGAAGAUAGCGCCCGAAAAAUGUGAAGCGCCUUCCGUGGGUGAUAUCAUGAGCCAGGGCGAAGAUCGCUUCCUGAGCAGGCAUAAAAGACACCUUGAGAAGCUACUAUCCCAGACUCCGCUUGGAGAUGUCCCCGACUGCGGAGAGCUGGAGGGACACCUUCUCUACGAACUUUCUACAGUCCCCGUCGCCGAAGUUAACGCGUAUAAGCCAGAUGUUGAUAUACCAUAGUCAUAUUUCGGUAGUCCUACUGCAAAUUGUGUAUCGAGAAGAUGUGCAGGUUGCAUGGCGAUAUAAUAAAC